AUGAGAGCCUCUUCCCGAUUGCUUGCGCAGGCUUCGCGCUUCNNCCUCACUCCUGGCGCCCCUACUGGUCUGACUGGCGUCUUGACCCAUGCCGCCCCUCGCUCCACCCUCCUCUACCUCUACAACUCGACUCUGGACAAGCUGAAGCAGUUCCCCGAGCACUCUGUCUACCGCCAAUCCGUCGAAGCUCUCACCAAGCACCGUCUGUCAAUCGUCGAGUCCGUCAAGCCUGAGGGUCUGGAGGAAUGGCAAUCCCGCGUCAAGAGCGUCGUCGAAGCUCACCCCAACGCCUUCCGCUCAAUUGUCUCAUCCAACAGCAAGAACGAGGUCAACAUUGUCUACAACGAGACCGCCCUCAAGGGUAUGGAGACCGAGGACUACGAGGAUGAGCCCAUCCAAAAGCAGGAGCCCGAGGGUCCUAGAAUUCGUUCGCACAAGGCCCACCAAGAGCAAUCUUUCAUGGCAGACCCUCAAGCAGACAACGAGAUGAUUCCUCGCAUCGAGCCCGAACCUCCUCUUACCGCCGAGCACAAGGUCUGGGAGGACCUUGAGGAGUCGCCCAACCAGGGACAAUGGGCCUACUACGAGCGCGAUACCCACACCCCCAAGACCCAGGCUCACAACUAA